GUUUAUUCCCAACUCGUGGUGCUGAAAUCGCUCUAUGCACUUGCAUAUUAGAGCAUUUUUCUACAUGUGAAGUGCACAUUUUUGCAACUAAAAAUGGAAUACAUAAGCCAAAAUGAUGGACCAUCAACGUCCGCCGGAGCUCAGCAUAAAAACAAAAUCCUCUGUUGCGAGUGCGGUGUUCCGGUAGAACCAAAUCCGUCGAAUAUGUGCGUUGCUUGCUUACGUACUCACGUAGACAUUACGGCCAACAUUCCCAAACAGGCGGUCGUGUUUUUCUGUCGCAACUGCGAACGGUAUCUCAAUCCCCCGAGUGAGUGGGUUCAGUGCAGUUUGGAAUCGAAGGAACUGCUGUCUGUAUGCCUGAAACGGUUGAAGGGACUGAAGGAGGUCAAACUUGUCGAUGCCGGAUUUAUCUGGACGGAGCCACAUUCAAAGCGCAUCAAAGUGAAGUUGACCGUUCACGGUGAAGUUAUGGAUGGCGUUGUGCUGCAGCAGGUUUUUGUUGUCGAGUUUACGGUGAACAACCAGAUGUGCGAUGACUGUCAUCGUACUGAGGCAAAGGAUUUUUGGCGCUGUCUGGUGCAGGUCCGUCAAAAAUCCAUCAACAAGAAAACGCUCUUCUAUCUGGAACAGAUGAUUUUAAAACACAAAGCCCAUGAAAACACGUUGGGAAUAAAGCCGUCGCCAUCGGGAGGACUUGACUUUUACUAUGCCACCGAUGCACAUGCUCGUAAAAUGGUCGAUUUUCUGCAGGCCGUCCUACCGGUUAAGGUCACCAAUUCGAAAAAGCUUAUUUCGCACGACAUUCACAGCAACUCUUACAACUACAAGUAUUCGUACGCUGUAGACGUAGUGCCGGUUUCCAAAGGAAGUCUUGUUUGUUUAAACAAAAAGCUCCAACAGCACCUUGCACACAUUUCCCCGAUUUGUCUAGUGACUAAAGUAGCGAACGCAAUACAUUUGAUCGAUCCACUAACCGCACAGAUGGCCGAAGUUCAGAACAUGGCAUUUUGGAAAAAUCCUUUUGAAGCCAUUUGCAAUCCCAAACAGAUGAUCGAGUUCGUUGUAAUGGACGUGGAAAUAACGCGAGAUCAGGAAAAGCGCAAUUUUCCCGGUCAGGGUCCGAUUUCGGUGCGUCAUAUUUUGGCCGAUCUGUGGGUGGUGAAAGCUUCCGAGUUGGGCAUUAAUGAAAAUACGAUACACACCAGGUCUCAUUUGGGUCAUCUGCUGAAGCCGGGCGAUUCCGUUUUGGGGUACGACUUGCGUGACGCUAAUGUAAACAAUGGCGAGUUUGAGAAGCUCAAACAGGACUCCAUUCCGGAUGUGUUGCUCAUCAAAAAGUUCUACGAUAGAGCCGGUCGGAAACAGAACAGGAACUGGAAGUUGAAACAUUUGGCCGAAGAUGUGGCGUUGGAUACCGACAUUGAAAAUGAUUACAAUGAAUUUUUGGAGGAUUUGGAGGAGGACCCGGAUAUGCGACAACACGUGAAUAUAUUCAAAGAUGGAAGCAAAUCCAUACCGGUAGAUGUGAACGAUAUGGAUGAUCCAUCGGUUCCACGGAUUACGCUGGAAGAGAUGCUGGACGAUCUGGUGCUGGAUGAUGUCGAUAUGGCGGAAGCUUAAUGACUUUGUAAUUGUUAAAUGUACCCGAGAUAUAUGUUGGUAUAACAUGAAGGUGAAAUAUACCUAUCAAAUAUCAAUGAUUGGAUUCCUAUAGACCUUAGUGUUUGAAGAAAUGUUUUGGGACACUAAACAUGGCAAUAAAAUUGAACUUAUUAUGUUGUGGAAAAUAUGUUAGCGACCUAAAAUGAGGUUAAUAUAAGUUUCUUCAGCUAGGUUUAA